AUGCCUCUGGUUGAGCUCAUUAUUUUCAAAAAGUCUGGUAUAAGCUAUAAACAAGUAAAACUGAGAUAAAAGCUUGAAAAUGCAAGCAAUUUCUAGGAAUGGGUUAAGCUAGCUAGGACGCUUGAUCAAAUUGAGGGAAGGGAAUAGUGGAAACUUAUCAAUAAAUCUUCUCUGUACGAAUACGAGAGGAUUGAGGCUAGAUACAAAGGAAUGCGAGAGAUGAGAAAGAAAAAUGACAUAAGGGGGUUGGUCCAUUGCUUGAGAUCUGAUCUACUCAAGAACUUGGGAGGGAUAGCAAAUCCAGAUCUCUAUUCCAUCUGCCAUGUGGGAACUAAAAGACUCAUUGAAAAGUAUCAUAAUGAGGUCAUUAAGUGCAUCAGGAUGAUCUACUAUUACAGAGGAAGGAAAUUGUCUUUACCUUAAAAAGUAGAAUUUUUCGCUGAAACCAGACAUUCAUAUGGCGGUGCAACUUUUGGAAGAUUUCAUUUCGGAGUCAUCAAGGCCCUUCAUGAAUAAGAUCUCCUUCCUAGAAUAUUGUGUGGAUCCUCUGUCGGAAGUAUUAUAGCCACAUAUUUUUGCACUAAAAAAUACGAGGAACUUGAUAGUUGCUUUGAUCCUAUGUUUUUUGUUAACAAUCCAUUAAUCAAAUACAAGGUGAACUCAUUUACAGAACUAGUGAUGAAUUUGAUAAGGGGGGAUGCAAUUUUGGACACCUAACAUAUGAAAGACACUUUAAUAAAAAACAUUGGAGAUGUGACGUUUAAAGAGAUUCAUGAUAAAUACAAAUGGAAUCUAAAUAUAACAGUAACUGACGAGAAGAAAACUGAUGAGACUAGACUUCUGAAUUACUUAACAGCCCCUAAUGUACUUGUGUGGAGUGCAGUUUGUGCUAGUACAGCCAUACCAAGGUUUUAUGAUCCAGUCGAGCUUAUGAUAAAGACUGAAAGUGGUUAGAUCAGGCCUUAUCACCCCAAUCUACAAAGAACACGCUAUGUUGAUGGUUCAAUAAGUACAGAUCUCCCUAUGUAGAGAGUAUCAGAAUUAUUUAAUGUAAACACGUUCAUUGUCUCUCAAGUAAACCCUCAUGUUAUACCCUUUGUCUCAGUAGAUGGUGGAGGUAUUUUACAAUCUUAAAUGAGGAAAAGGUUCUCAAUUACAAUAAAGGCAUUAGUUGGCAAUGAAGUUUAGCAUAUUAUAGAGCAGCUUCAAACUCUUGGUGUUCUUCCUCAGUUUUUAUGUAGAAUGUCUAAUCUUGUCACUCAAAGUUACAAAGGUCAUGUAACAAUCGUGCCAUAGAUUAAGCCUAAGCACUAUAGAAAUUUACUAAUUAAUCCAACACUUGAAGAAUGUCUUGAAUCUAUGUAGUCUUCUUAUAACAGAGCAGUAUUUGGAGUAGAAAGAGAAUUCGACAGAUACUAUAUGCGUCUUAAAACCUCCUUAAGAGGAAACAUCCCCUAUCUUAACGAUAAAAACUUGAUCGAGUAUGCAACUCGUAGAACAUUCAAUCGUAAAGAUGCCUGGGAUGAACUUGACAAUGAGUUAGAACAAUUAGACAACUAAAACAAUGAACUUAUUUGUUACAUCUCUAAGAACCAUAAAAACACAAUAAACUAUGAUAAAAUGAGAGAAGUGAUUUAAGAAAGGCUAGAUGAAAAGAAAGAGGAUGAGCAUGAGCAUGUUCUGAGAAAUAAUGCUAACUUAUUCGGAUACAAUUUGCAUCAGCAGUAAUAGCAUAAUCAGGUAUAAAUCCAAUAAAGAUCGCAUGCUUUGAAAAGAGUCCCUAGAGUAGAAUCUAUUCAAUCAAUGCUAAGCGCUUAAAGUCAAGAGUUCUUCGGCUCUGACCUUGAGAAUUAGAAUAUAGUUUCGGCAAGCAAUACAAAUAAUUAAUCUAAUUGCAUCAGCAGCAACUAAAUGAAUAGUGGCCAGAGACAUGAUGAAUUCUUCUUCACUUCAAAUAAUAUGUAAAGUGAUAAACUACUAUAAAAAACAAAAGGACUAAUCAAUAAAAACCCCAAUAUGCUAAAAUUCAAUAACCAGCUUCGUAAGAAAAACGAGUAAUCAGAUAACAGUAGUUUUAUGAAUGUCUCUGGUAAACUUGAUCAAUCCAAUUAAAAUUAAGGUCGCAGAGGCAUUAAAAAGAAUGAUAGCCUUUUCCUGCUCAAUGGAGAAUUCUUCAACUGA